GCGGCGCCCCGGCCUCCCACGCGCGUGCGCGGUCGCCUCCGGGCUGUUCUCCCUGUGGUCGGAGCGGGGCUGGAGGCCACGUGGGUGCGGAGGGUGGCCGGUCCUGUCCCUUGUCCCCUGUCCCUUGUCCCCCGUCCCCAUGGGCCGCUCCCGCAGGACCGGCGCGCACCGGGCGCACUCGCUGGCCCGCCAGCUGAAGGGGAAGCGGCGGCGCCCGGACCUGGACGAGAUCCACCGGGAGCUGCGGGCCCAGGGCGCCCGGCGCCGCCCGGCCCGGGACCCCCAACCCGACCCCGACCUGCCCGGCAGCGGCCAGCACUACUGUCCGGCCUGCGCGAGAUACUUUGUGGACGCCAAGAGUCUAAAGAGUCAUUUUAAAUCCAAGGAUCACAGGAAAAGGCUGAAGCAGCUCAGCGAAGAGCCCUACACCCAGGAGGAGGCAGAGCGGGCAGCGGGCAUGGGCUCCUAUGUGCCCCCACGCCGGGUCGAGGUGCCCGACCAGAAGAUGGAGGAGUCGUCCUGACAUCACACACCCUCUUCCCGGCGUGCCCGGCCGGACGGGGUUGGCUCCGCGCCCCGUCGGGCUCACGGAGAGACACUGAUUCCACGGAUGCCAGGCUUGGCCGGCUGGACGGUUCCCCCCGCACCACCUGAAUAAAGGAGCCGGGCAGCCCCCAGACUGCCCGCCUCAGAGACCGCC